AUGAAAACGAACUAUGAAUACAAUUGGAGCCAACAACAAAAUGGUCGCUAUCCGAAUGGUGAUACAUCAUUACAUUCAGUUCAUGGAGAACUUCAUGCUGGACCUCAUUCAAUACCAGCACAUACAGACAAUGGAAUGGAUCCUGCUCAGUUGAAUACGAACAAUAAUAAUAAUGACGAUUCAGGUGCAUUUGUUGCUGCUGGUACAGCGGGCCAACAAGGUUUUGAUGUUCGUACCUUAGGUUUAAGUGAACAAGAAUUAAGGGAAACAGGUUUACAUCCAUCAUUGACGCAAAAUGGUCGUCAACUUCCAUUAGAUCAAUAUAAAAUAAACUAUGAUCCUAAUCCAAUUAUUAUUCGAAAACAAAUUCCUAUUGAAAUGCCAACAUACAAACAGCAGGUUAUUGUUCGAUAUCUUCGACCUCCAACACCACCUUCACCAGGCCCAUUGAUUAUAAAAGAAGUUCGAGAAGCUCAACCAGCUGCAGCUCCACCACUUGUUAUACGCACACGCGCACCUCGAGAAAAAACACCACCACCAAUUGUUAUUCGAGAAGCACCACCACAACUACCUCAUAUUGAUACUAAUCCACAAUAUGUCACACGUAUUAUUCGUAAUAAUGAACCAUCAUAUUCAUCUUCACUUUCUCAACAACAACAACAAUAUCAGCAGCAACAGCGCCAACAGUAUCAACAACAACAACAACAACAACAACAAUAUCAACAACAGCAACAACAAUAUCAACAAUACCAACAACGACAACAAUAUCAACAACAAUAUCAACAACAACAGCAACAAUACGAUUCAUAUGACAAUGCUCCUGUGAAUUAUGAUCAAUUUAACGGUAUUCAAAAUGGAAAUCAGUUUGCAAAUGGAAAUCAAUUUGUAAACGAAAGUCAACAUACAAAUGGCAAUCAAUAUUUAAAUGGUGUAAACAAUCUCGGAGAACAGCAAAAUCCAGCAUGGAUUACGGAACUUGUAUCAGAUAAUGGUGCAACAUCGGUAGCUCCGCCUCAUCUUUUAGAUGAUAUUUAUCGAGCAAUUAACAACCAAUUACCACGUGUAUAA